AUGACGCAAUACGUCAAAUCAAGACGUCACGUGCGCGUUAUUGGAUCAUUGUCACAAGACGACUUUUGCGCUCAAAAAUGUCAGCUCAUGCUAAAAAAAGAUGCCGAAUGUAGGGUUUUCAACAAAAAUUGGACUGCUAAGUAUAUACUGAAGUCGGAGGUAAAGCCGUGUGUUUAGUUUGCGGGGAGAAGAUCGCCGUGUUCAAGGACUACAAUUUGAGUCGGCAUUACGAGACGAAACUCGCGGAGAAAUACAAAAACUUGACUGAUGCUGAAAGGGUGCGCACAUCGAACGCUUUGCUAGCUAAGCUGCAAAAGCAGCAAGGCUUUUUUACCAAGCUUCACACAUCCAAGGAUGCAGCAACCAAGACCAGCUUUGUGAUAUCCCACAAAAUAGCUAAACACAGUAAGCCAUUCUUAGAGGGGGAGUUUGUCAAAGAGUGCUUAGUGGACUUUGCAGCACUAAUAUGCCCUGAAAAAAAAAGAAGCAUUUGAGCAAGUCCGGCUGUCCAGGCGAACCGUGACGAGAAGGAUCGAGGACAUUGCGGGGAAUCUGGAGCUUCAGCUGCAACAUGAAGUGGCAAGUUUUGACUUUAUCUCCUCGGCUUUGGACGAGAGCUGUGAUGUCCGCGACACAGCGCAGUUACGCGUAUUUGUCCGUGGGAUAACGCUGGACUUCAAGAUUACGGAGGAGCUGGCAGCAAUGCGGCCGAUGAAAGGGACGACGACAGGGAGCGAUCUGUUCACGGAGGUAAAUGCGUGCAUGAACACGCUGGGACUGAAAUGGGACAGACUGGCAGGUGUCACAACAGACGGUUGUCCAAAUCUUACAGGUAAAAAUGUUGGACUUUUGAAACGUAUGCAAGAUAAAGUGACUGAAAUCGACGCAGAUCAGAAAUUGGUAUUUUUGCAUUGUAUUAUACACCAACAUGUGUUGUGCAAGUCAGUGCUAAAAAUGCACCAUGUUAUUGAUGUUGGUACUAAAAUAGUAAACUUCAUCAGGGCACGGGCAUUGAAUCACAGACAGUUUGUUGCACUUUUGGAGGAGCAUGAGACUGAGCAUAGUGACAUCGGCUACCACACAGCUAUCAGAUGGCUCAGCCUGGGCAAAGUGCUAAAAAGAGUUUGGGACCUGAAAGCAGAGAUUCAAGAGUUGUGUGAGAAGAAAGGCAAAGACAUCCCAGAGCACUCAGAUGAGGACUGGAUGGCAGAUUUAGCAUUUGCUGUUGAUGUGACUGCACUGAUGAAUGAACUGAACACCAAACUGCAAGGCAAGGGCCUUUUUGUUCAUGAGAUGCACAGCCUGGUGAAGGCUUUCAUGACAACGAUGCAGUUUCUUUCAAGCCAACUGGAGAGCAACACUCUCACUCACAUGCAAACCCUGAAAGAAGUCACACCAUCAGCUGAUCACCUCCGCAGGUACUCAUCCAUGUUAGGAGCAUUGCAUGUGUGGAUAAUGCACCCAGUGAUGUUCAGCUGGAACUCAUUGACCUGCAGUCUGAUGCAGUACUGGUAGAGCGCUUUAAGUCAGGAUCUCUGCUGGAUUUCUACUCUUCUCUCGAGGAGGAGAACUUUCCAAACAUGAGGAGACAUGCUCAGAAGAUGUUGGUUCUCUUUGGCUCUACCUAUGUGAACAAACAUUUUCAAAGAUGAAGUUUAUGAAAUCCAGGUAUAGAUCCUCUCUCACUGAUGAUCAUCUGUCAGCUGUGCUUCGCAUCUCCACCUCAGACAUUCAACCUGACUUCGAUGCACUCGUUAAAGCCCAGCAGAGACUAGAUUUCUCUCACUGAACAAGAAAAAAGAACUUAAAAACACCAAAUGAGGUGGUUAGGCUACAAAUGUAGGCAUGUGAAGGUACCAACGAGCAGUGAACUGGGACACUUUCUUUGGAAGCCUUUUUCUCAAAAUCACAGUUCAGUGACAGUUCAAUAUGAUGUAUCUUGCUGAAUGUUUGGAGCACAAAGACAAUGUUGUGAUGUCUUAAGAAUGCUAAGAACCUUUUCACAACUUUCCAACAGUAUAUGAAACUCAAAAUGUGUUUUGUAGUGAAUGCGACUGAACAUUUUCACUAAUAUGAGUCAGAAAUGGUGAAAAACGUUCACAUUUUGUUUACCAUUGUUUUGGGAAAUUUGAUUGAAUAAAUUACAUUUUUUGUAAGGCAACCUCACUUUUUCAUUGCUCAACUAUAACAUAUACUCUUACCAGCUUGUCAAAACAAUGCUAUUUACUGCUUUUUAUAAAGAAAUACAAUUAAUAUUAUGUAGAAUUGAGUUCAGCCUUUUGGCCCGACCCUCCACAAUAUUUUUUAUUUCUCAUGUGGCCAUGGAAAAAAUAAUUGCCCACCCCUGCUCUAAGCCAAUGGUUCCUUACAAUACAUACCUGUUAUACAGCAGGAUGUCUGGCUUCCAAAUGAGAUUGUCAGGAAAUCUCACAUUGGGCACACCUGGAUAAUCUGAUGGAUUCCACCGCAGGUAAAAAUCAUCCCAGUACUGCAGGACGCAAAAACAUAAUGUACUUUUUUUUAUAUUUCACAUAUAUCUAUAACAUGACCUGUAUGUGGCUCUGCGUUAGGAAAGCUUUGCCUGAAAGCUCGACCUGGGAUUCACUGUACCACUAGUGUGUACUAGCAGCAGCGACAGCUACUAUAAUGGGUAAUAUAAAUGUAUGUGACAGCAGCUACGGGUAACAUAAUGCAAUGACAUGCUACAAGAAUUUUGUUCAAUUUCUGUGUCAGGUAUAGCAACUUCUGACGAGGGAAUUUUGAUUUUCCACAAUUGCAUGCUAUUCAAACUGUAUGAAGCACAAAGCAAUGGAUAUGUAAUAUUGUACAUCUUUGAGUGAUUUUCAAUACAUAUAAAUGAGCUACAGGUUAUAACAUCAGCUGACAUUUAGACACAUUAGUGGAAUUUAAGUUUGUGCACAGAAUAUCAAUGCAGUGAAGAGGCAUAAUAACACUUGGAUCACAAAC